CUUCUUGCAAAAGACAUUUACAAGAAACCACAUUGAGAAACAUUAUAUGGACGUGGUUGAAUGCCUCAAGACUUGGUUAAUGAAUAAGCUCGUUUUCAAUGGAAUUAGCACUGCUCUUCCAAGUUUGCCACCGUUGUUUCCUUCCGUCUCUCUACAAUUUCAAGGGAAAACUCUGAGUCUCAAAAUGCUUAUAAGUAAGGGCAAGUUUAUUCUACUGCUAGGAAUUGUCUGUUUGGACCCAGGUAAUUCUGCAACCCUCUCUCUUCUCAGAGCUCCUACCUGUGGUCAGAGUCUGGUUGGGACCCAGUCUCAGAAUGACUUUAACUCUUUCAGUCGCAUUGUCGGGGGAAGCCAAGUGGAAAAGGGCUCCUACCCUUGGCAGGUGUCUCUGAAACAAAGGCGGAAGCAUAUCUGUGGAGGAACCAUCAUCUCUUCACAGUGGGUGAUCACAGCUGCUCACUGCAUGGCAAACAGAAACAUCGCAUCAACAUUGAAUGUUACUGCUGGAGAAUAUGACUUAAGUCAGACUGAACCAGAAGAGCAAAUACGCGCCAUUGAAACCAUCAUCAUACACCCACAGUUCUCCACCAGAAAACCCAUGGACUAUGACAUCGCCCUUCUGAAGAUGGCUGGAAAUUUCCAAUUCGGCCAGUUUGUAAGGCCCGUGUGUCUUCCAGAGCCAGAAGAACACUUUGAGGCGGGAUUUAUUUGCACAACUGCAGGCUGGGGUCGCUUGACUGAAGGUGGCACCACCCCGCAAGUAUUACAGGAAGUGAACUUACCCAUCCUGACGCAGGAGGAGUGUGAAGCAAGUCUGCUGACCCUAAAGAACCCCUUUACGGGGAAAGCCUUUCUCUGCACAGGCUUCCCUGAAGGAGGGAGAGAUGCUUGUCAGGGAGAUUCAGGAGGAUCACUCAUGUGCCGAAAUAAGAAAGGGGCCUGGACUCUGGCUGGUGUGACUUCCUGGGGUUUGGGCUGUGGUCGAGGCUGGAUAAAGAAUGGGCUGAGAAAGGAACAAGGGACCCCAGGGAUCUUCACAGAUCUUAGUAAAGUGCUUCCCUGGAUCUACAAACACAUCCAGACUGGUAAUGAAACCUUCCUACAGAGUUAAGAAACUGCUGCCAUCCCACCAGGGCAGAAGCAGACAGUGGGAGCAGGGAGGUCCAAUUCUCUUCUCAGUGUAGUAUAUGGCUCAGCAUGCAAAUAGCCACUGGAAAAAAUAUAUAUAUAUACAUUCAUUAUAAAUUUUUUAAACUUUGCCUGUGAUUGAAACUCUGUGACUUGAUGUUUUCUUCACCAUCUGCUUUUCAGCUGCUCUAGCAAGAUUCAGCAAGCUGUGGUGUAUAGUGCAGUAGUUAUCAACCAGCGAUAAUACUGCCACCCAGGGAAAGAUAUUGGGAAACACUUUUGUUUGUAACAAUUAGAGGAGACAUAGGCACCUAGGGGAUAGGGGCCGUGAGUGCUGCUAAGAAACCUACAAAGCACAGGCUAACCCCCAACCAUGACAAAUAAUCUCACCUCAAGUUUAAAACACAAAAGUUGAGAACCCCUGACGUAUAACCAGAUGUAAGUUUGAAGAACAGGGUUUACACUGUUCUACUAGACUGGCUGGGAGUCCAGCUCCAUUUCUUCCUCCUAACCCAAUUUAACUUUCCUUAUCUGGUAUCUUCUAGUCUGAAAGACUUUCAUCCUUUCCCAAAGGGGGGGUCAUUAAAGUUAUUUCAAUUUUAA